AUGGCUUCCAUCGCAUUCCCAGAGCUCGCCAAGACCGCCGACUUAUCCGACGGCACCACGUACGGCUAUGUUGCUGUGCCUCCAUCGGACGCUAGCAAGCCAACGUUCCUGUUUCUUCAUGGGUACCCCAGCUCGUCUUACGAUUGGCGUCAUCAGAUCAAAUCUUUGCCCGCUAGCGGGUUCGGCGUCAUCGUUCCCGACCUGCUCGGCUUCGGAGAUACAGACGCGCCCGAAGACGUAGCGGCGUACCGGAUGAAGACCAUGGCCCAUCACAUGGAAGAACUUUUGAGCCUUGAAGAGGUCUCCCGAUGCAUUGCAGUGGGGCAUGACUGGGGCUCAGGCCUACUUUCUCGGCUAAUUACGUACAUGCCUGAGAAACUCUCUGGCGCUAUUUUUAUCUCUGUCGGCUACCUUGAGCCUGGGCUAGUUUGGGACAUCGAGGCCUUUAUCAAGGUCAGCCGUGAAACAUUUGGUUAUGAGACGUACGGCUAUUGGCUCUGGCACAACACGGACCAGGCGGCCAAGGACUGUAACGACCAUCCUGCUUCUGUGUUUAGUCUUCUAUACCCAGCGGACCCGGAUGACUGGAAAAAGUAUUUCGCUCCCGUUGAAAAGGCCGCGGCAUUCGUGCGAGCUGGGCGGCUCGGGCCUCUGCCUACCUGGUUUGAUCUAACCGAGUACACGAUCCGAGAUCGAAUUCUUGCCAAGAAGGGCUACCAAGGCCCGCUUAACUGGUACAAGGCCGCCAUGAGGGGUGUCAAUAUCCCAGACGAGUCCGUACUGCCUGACGAGGCUCGCUACUGUGGAGUGCCUACGCUCUUUGUCGCGGCCAGCCAGGACUUUGUGACCCGAGCCGACGCCCAGGGUGCAAACACCCGCAAAUGGGCCCGUGACCUUCGCGUCAAGGAACUAGAUUGCGGCCACUGGGUCCAGCUGGAGAAACCUGAGGAGCUGCACAGCAGCCUGGUUGAGUUUGCCCAACAGAUAGCGGCUUAA